CAAUUCGAGAAACUUCCAGUGAGUAUUCAACAUCAACGCUGUGCUCAACCCUCGUCAGCGACUCUUUCUUCCUCGCCCCGUGCUCAGCGGCUGACGCCACUCUUUCUGAUUUCCGUUGUGUUGCUCCCUCUAAUCCUUAUCGCCGUCGCUUCUCAGCCUCAGUAUAUGUUUGAUAUCUGUUUUUAUCCAUCCGAUUCGAAACUAAACAUUGACUGAGAAAAGUUAUAAAAAAUAAGCUACUGAGGUAAGGGAAAAAAAAUUCCGCAGGUACCCUUGCCCUAACGCACGCCUCCCUUUCUUUCUCAUCUUCCAAGUUCCAACGAAUCGUUUUUUCUCUCCCAACCAGCAAGCUUUGGCGAAGCUGCUUCCUCGUCUUAUCAGUCAUUUAGAAGAAUCAUUUUCAAUGGAAGUCGAUUCAGAAUCAAAUGGUAAAGCAUCGAAGGAAGCUCCAUCAUCCAUGGAGACAGAAUCUGCAAGUUCAUCUGGAAUCCAAGUAAAAGCCAUAUAUAACCUAUCAACCAGUGAAGGAAAAGAUGAUAUCUCCAAAUCCAUGGAGAACCUGCAACUAGACAAAUCCUCUUCUGGGAGUUCACAUUUCAAGAAGAAGCCAGUUAUCAUCAUUGUUGUAGGAAUGGCAGGAAGUGGGAAAACAACAUUUCUUCAUCGAACUGUUUGUCAUACACAAGCAACUAACACAAGGGGUUAUGUACUGAAUCUUGAUCCUGCUGUUAUGACUCUCCCUUUUGGCGCCAAUAUUGACAUAAGAGACACUGUUCGUUACAAAGAAGUCAUGAAGCAAUUCAAUCUUGGCCCCAAUGGAGGAAUAUUGACUUGUCUCAACUUAUUCGCCACAAAAUUUGAUGAUGUUAUACAAAUGAUUGAAAGGAGAGCAGAUGAGCUUGAUUAUGUACUUGUGGAUACACCUGGUCAAAUUGAGAUCUUCACAUGGUCAGCUUCUGGAGCGAUUAUUACAGAAGCAUUUGCUUCAACUUUUCCAACUGUGAUUGCAUAUGUUGUGGAUACCCCUCGUGCAGAGAGCCCAAAUACUUUCAUGAGCAACAUGCUUUAUGCUUGUAGCAUUCUUUAUAAGACGAGAUUACCCUUGGUUUUGGUGUUCAACAAAAUCGAUGUUGCCCACCAUCAAUUUGCUGUUGAGUGGAUGGAAGAUUUUGAGGUGUUCCAUGCUGCAUUGGAUUCUGAUCACUCUUAUCCAUCAACUUUAACAAGAAGUCUUUCUCUUGCUUUGGAGGAAUUUUAUAAAAACUUAAAAGCUGUUGGAGUUUCAGCUGUAACUGGUGCUGGAAUGGAUGCCUUUUUCAAAGCUAUUCAAUCAAGUGCUGAUGAAUACAUGGAAACUUACAAAGCUGAUCUUGACAAAAGGAAGGUGGAGAAGGAGAGAUUGGAGGAGGAAAGGAGGAAAGAAAACAUGGAGAAACUGAGGAAGGAUAUGGAGAAAUCAGGGGGUGCAAAAGUUGUGUUGAGUACUGGUUUAAAAGGUGAUACAAGCACAAAAAUGGAGGAAGAAGAUGAUGAAGAAGAAGAAGAUGAAGAAAUUGAAAUGUUUAGUGAUGAGGAUGAUGAGGAUGGUGGAAUAGAUGAUGAUGAUGAAGAGAUUGCCAGUUUUAAUCUCUGAAUGUGAUGAUAUAAUCAUUUUUAUGAAUGUAAAUGAACCUAAUUGUGACUGAUAAGUAACGAUUUUGGGGUGGUUUUGUUGAUGAUGAUGAUGAUGAUGACGACUUUUGGGCUAAGUUUUGAAAUCA